AUGUCAAUUCCCACCUCUACGAACAAGAACACUCUGUUCUUCUCCGACUCAACCACUUCUGGCAGAACCAACCGCCGCUUCACCAUUGGCCGUCCUCCAAUGCUUCUCAUUGUACAUGGCCGGAGGUUCAGUUACAAUUUCAUCACCGGCGGCUUUCCGACCACGCUUUACAAUUGCUCGAACCUUAAUUACCUCGACCUCUCGCAGAAUUACUUUGUCGGCUCGAUACCCAAUGACGUCGAUCGCUUGUCUCGUCUCCAGUUUCUUAAUCUCGGUGCAAACAACUUCUCCGGUGACAUUCCGACAGCCAUUUCUCGGCUGUCGGAACUCCGGUACCUUCAUCUUUUUAUGAAUCAAUUCAAUGGGACUUACCCAUCUGAAAUCGGCAACUUAUCGAAUCUGGAAGAGUUGCUGUUGGCUUAUAAUUCAAAUUUGCUACCGGCUGAAUUGCCUUCCAGUUUCGCCCAAUUGAAGAAAUUGACGUUUUUGUGGAUGGCAGAAUCAAACGUGAACGGUGAAAUUCCAGAAUGGAUCGGAAACUUGACCGCCCUCGAGCGAUUGGAUUUGUCGAAGAAUCAUUUGAUUGGGGAAAUUCCUAGCAGUUUGUUUAGAUUGAAGAAUCUCAGCAUCGUUUAUCUCUACAAGAACAAUCUAUCAGGUGAAAUUCCUCAGCGGAUUGAUUCUAAGAAAAUCAUCGAAUACGACCUAUCGGAAAAUAAUCUGACCGGAAGAAUUCCGGCGGCCAUCGGUGAUCUUCAAGAACUGACGGCUCUGCUUCUGUGUUCAAAUCAGUUAAGUGGAGAAAUCCCAGAAAGCAUCGGUCGUCUUCCAUUAUUAACAGAUGUCAGAUUAUUCAGCAACAAUUUAAACGGUACAUUACCGCCAGAUUUCGGGCGAAAUUUGAUCCUCGAAAGUUUUCAGGUGAGUUCAAAUAAGCUCACCGGAAGCUUGCCGGAACACCUCUGCUCCGGCGGUAAGCUCAAAGGAGUGAUUGCUUACGACAAUAAUCUUAGUGGGGAAUUACCAGAAUCUCUUGGGAGUUGCGAUAGCUUGUUCAUUAUUGAUGUUCAUAAGAACAACUUCUCCGGGAAAAUUCCGGUCGGUUUAUGGACGUCUCUGAAUUUAACAUUUGUAAUGAUGAACGACAAUUCUUUCAUGGAUGAACUCCCUCGGAGAAUCUCCAAGAAUCUCGCGAGAUUAGAAAUCAGUAACAACAAAUUUUCAGGGAAAAUCCCAUCGGAGUUAUCUUCAUUUUGGAAUUUGACUGAGAUUGAAGCAAGCAAUAAUCGAUUGUCAGGACGAAUUCCUGAAGAACUCACUGCCCUUUCAAAGAUGAACAAGCUUUCGCUCGAUGGAAAUCAACUCACAGGGGAGCUUCCACGGAACAUCAUUUCAUGGAGAUCAUUGCACAGCCUUAAACUCAGUCGAAAUCGACUCUCUGGUAAAAUUCCAGACGAAUUUUGCAAUUUACCAAGCCUUAAUGAUCUUGAUCUCUCAGAGAAUCGACUUUCCGGAACAAUUCCGAUCGAACUGGGAAAUUUGAACUUGAAUUUCCUCAACCUCUCUUCAAAUUUUCUGUCUGGGAAAAUCCCGCCUGCAUUUGGAAAUGAAAUCUAUGCAAGAAGCUUUUUGAACAAUCCGGGUCUUUGUUUAAAUCUGGACGGCUGCAGUUUAAGAACUCAGAAUUUGCGAAAGAUUUCAUCGCAGCAUCUUGCUCUGAUCGUAUGUUUGGGCGUAAUAAUAUCCAUAUUCUUUGUAGUUUCUGCUCUGUACAUAAUCAAAAUCUAUACAAAAACUGGAAUCAAAGCAGAUGUUGAAUGGAAAUUGACAUCAUUUCAGAGGCUGAAUUUCUCGGAGGCGGUGGAUCCGGGAAAGUUUACCGGAUUCCAGUGA